AUGGAUAUUUUUCGCAGUAUAAGACCAACAAGCAAGCUAGAUAUUUAUGCGACUGGAGACAACAAAAUUUUUCCUGUUUCGAGUGACUUUUUCACCAAUAAUUAUGCGAUUGGAUUGCAAGUUCGGUUGAAGGGUUCCGGGAAAGCCAUAGUUGAUCCAUUAAAUGACACGAUCUUGUUGGAUACAACGGCUUCGAAUUUUUACAGUCACUUUGAAAGGAGUUUCGGAUGCACUCUUAAUGGGAUUCGAGCGAUGAUUCGACACUGGUACACUUCAGAGCGUCAAAUUGAUCGAAUUGGCCUUCAAAUUUUCGGGGAAACAAAAGAUCUCUGGCACAACUUACCUGGAUUGCAAGAGGUUGAACUGCUUUGUGAUGGUCAUAUCGAUUCUAUCCGCGCUUUGAAAAGAGCAAAUGGGGAUGUCGUUUGUGUUCAUUGUUUUCGCAUCCUCGCUGCAAACCGAACACCUCAAUAUCUUGAUAUCUACAUCAUUCGACUAGUGCCCGGCCCGAAAGCUGGCUUGUAUAGGGAGUAUGAUGACGUAGGA